AUCGACACGGCCCGGCUUUAUUCAGUACUAGUAUAUAUAGAGGAGUAGCUGACAUGAAACUAUAGCCACAUCUCUCGUCAUCUUUGACAAGAACUAACUUUUUUUUUCCUUUCGGCUGCAGCGUAUACACAAGCUGCUGUUUAUCUUGAUCUGUUUUGGUUCGAUCAAGAUCAACGAGCAAGCUGCUGUCUUCCUUCCAUUUGACACAUCCCCACCCUUUUUUUUUUGCUGCCUGGAGUUGGAGUUUCCCUUAUUCUGACAAUCCUAGCUACUUCUGCUGCUUCGAGUUGAUCUGAAACUUCGUUGAUCUAGCUGUGUUCGUUAUCGAUCAGAGAUCAGAUCAGAUCAGCACAUUCACAGCACCACAGAGAAACACUGUUUUUAUAGUUCCUCUGUUUCUGAUUCCGUAGUGUCCUUGAUCUCGAUGGCUUGCAAUCCGUGCUGCAACACCAACGGCUGCGCCAGCCACCAGGCCACCAAGGUAACGUCAUUUCCACGGCCGCCGGCGCCACCCCAGCCCCCGCUCCUGCCGCAGGCCCCGUCUCAGUACUCCUUCCGGCCACAGGCAGCCAGCCGUCCGGUGUCGCGCGCCAAGAAGUCCCGCUGCCAGGACGCCGCGGCCGGGGCCUCGGCGCCGAUCACCGUCGCGGCGCCGUCAAAGAAGAGGGUGGCGCCAGCGACCGGACUGGAGGUGGAGUGGACGGAGACGGGCUCGCUGUACUCGGUGUCGCCGCCGCCGAGCAGCGUGCCGAUGCCGACGUCCCUGCUGCUCACGGUCACGGCGGCGAGGAAGCGGCCGACGGCCUGCGCCGUGGAGGUGGCUGGCGCCGGCGUGGAUGUCAGUGCCACGGACGAGCUCAGGCGGCUGCUCCGCCUUUAGCUCCCUUCUUUUUUACUCAUGACACAUGCAAUUGCAAGGCUAGCGAGCUGCGUUCAUGCCUUUUCACGGGUAGUUUUAACAUGCCCGGGAACAUGAUGAUUGAUGAGGUCGUCCCCAAGUUGUAUUUUACUAAUGGAUUAUGUGUUGUGUUGUAUGUUUACUAGGAGGUGUGUCCUAUGUUUACUAUAGGAGGUGUGUCGAGUUCAUUUUCUUUAUGCAUCUCAUGUUAUGCUUCAUUGAAAAGGCAAAAUAGCUAUUUUCAUCCCUCAACUUUAAUUCAAGGGUCAAGUUAGUUCCUCAA